GCAGUUGCCUGUGUAGGUAGUGUCGCUUGUAUCCUUUGCUGCGGUGAAAGAAAUCUUGGAAACUUGAGUUUAGUGUUUCUUUUCACAGAUGAAGGAAACCCUUAUGGACCUAGGGUAUUCCCGAGGGACUCAAUGCUGUAUUGUGAAUAAUGUGUUCGUUUUUAGCAUAAAAAUUAUAUAAAACUAAACUGCCAGUAAGAUUAACACCAUGGAAGUGAUACAUACAUUGGACCGGGACUGUUCAGCCCUGGCUGGAUUGUUCCAAACAGUGGUCAAUGAUAUGAAGGGCAGUGGACCUAUGUGGGAGGACUUCCUGAGCCGCGCCAGCAAGUUGCAUCACGCCCUCAAGUCGACACUGGUGGCGCUCUCGGCCUUCCUCGACGCCUUCCAGAAGAUCGCAGACGCCGCUACAGGAACUCGAGGUAAGCGCACGGUGCAGGGCCAAGGCGCGUGUGUAUGUAGGACGGGAAGUUGUGAGUAUUGAUUCCUAAUACUUAAGCGUUGGUCAGGGCUCCAGAGGGACUUGUUGGAUCGUUAUCAGGUUACGUGAUGAAUGCAUCUUUGAAUGUAUUUUUUUCUGUGCAUAUUAGGGGGCAUGUCAUGGGGUGUUAGGAAGCGAAAGGGGAUUUUGAGAUGAGCGAGUGUAUGGGAAAGGGAGAGUGAUCAGGGGUUGAGAAGAGCAGAGAAAAGAAAAGGCUGAAAGAAUAGAAAACAAAAGAGAAAAGAAACUGUGGGAAAGGAAGGGGGAAGUGAAAGUUAGGGGUGGAGAUAAGAAAAAGGAUGAGAGAAGAGAGGAAAUGAGAGAUAGAGUGAAAUUAGUAUAAAACAGAGUAGAGCAGAGAGGAGAGAAAAGGAGAACGUAGUGGAAGAGAAGAUAGGAAAGAGAA